AUGACAUUUGCGCAAAGGAAACAGUGGCGUAAAGACCACCCUUUCGCCUUCUAUGCCAAGCCUCAUCGUACAGCCCAGGGUGUUCUGGAUAUGAAGCGCUGGGAAUGCGGUAUUCCUGGGAAGAAGGGGACAAUCUGGGAAGGUGGGCUUUUCAAGCUGGAUGUCCACUUUCCUGAUGAGUAUCCUACAAAACCUCCUAAAUGCAAGUUCGUGCCAGCCUUAUUCCACCCCAACGUUUACCCGUCUGGGACAGUUUGUCUAUCGAUUUUGAAUGAAGAUGAGGCGUGGAAACCGGCAAUCACGAUUAAACAAAUCCUUCUUGGUAUCCAAGACUUAUUGGAUGACCCAAAUCCCGAGUCGCCAGCACAGGCUGAAGCAUACAACAUGUUCAAGAAAGACCGGGUUGCUUAUGAGAAACGCGUGAAGCAGGUCGUCAAGGAGAACCCGGCUAUAUAA